CUUGUCGUAUUUGUGGAGGCACGUUCAGCACUUCAUCCAGCCUGAGACGUCAUGAGCGUGUCAUUCAUGAGGGCAACAAGAGAGUCUUCCAUUGCCAAUAUUGCACAGAAGGAAAACGCACCUUUGGUAGUCGGUUCUUACUGGACAAGCAUAUUCGGCUCCAUCACAGAACCACAGAUGGACAGGACAGACCCAUGACCAGAAAACGUGCAGCCACAGGAGGAGAAGGACCGGGCAGUUCCUCAGAACAGGACGGUGAGGGCGGACCUCCUGGAGGCAGAGCGGGAGACGAGGAUGAAAACGCCACUGAGGACGGUGAGGAGGGGGCUGCAGGUCCUGCAAAGAGAACCAGGGCGUCCAUUGCGUCGGCAUCGUUGGCACCCAGCGAGCUUGAGGAGGAAGACAACGUUUUCCGCUGUGUCCCGUGCGGCUUUUCAACCGAGGACGGGGCAGAGUUUCAGCGCCACAUCCCCCAGCACCGGGCAGACACAGCCUCUUUCCAGUGCCUGCAGUGCGGCGUCUGCUUUGCAUCAGCCGGCUCUCUCAGCAGGCACCGCUUCAUCACUCACCGUGUGCGGGACACCCAGGGCGACGCGGACCGCAGCACCCCGCGCGCUCACGGCUCUCCUGACGGCUCGCCUGCUGGCUCCCCUCUGGCGCAUGGCGAGGACGGAGAGGGCAAUAUGUGCUGCAAGGUGUGCGGCCGGCGAUUCGACAAGGCCUCAGACCUCAACACCCACUUCAGGACCCACGGCAUGGCCUUCCUCACCGCACACAAGACAGACAAGCCCCAGUAG